AUGCAUUCACGGCUUCGUUUUAUCUUAGCAUAUUCAAGGAACCCCAAAUUCAAACCUUCACCACCAUCAUCAUCGUUUCAGUUCCAUUCUGCUAUCUCUUCCUCAACGGUAGCACCAGUUCCCACUGAACCAUCAAGUAGACGAAUUCCGAGUAUUCUUCCUCCACCCGUGUUUUUGUUCAAUUUCAUUUCUGGGUUUAGAAGCCGGAGCUAUUCUGGCUACGCCGUUGAACAGUUCUCCGAUGAUGAGUACGAGUGCGAUUAUGACAGUCACCCGGCAUCAUCAUCGGUGGCCAAUGUUGAUGAGUGGAAAUGGAAGCUUGAUAUGCUGUUACGAAAUGAAAAGGAUCAGGAAAUUGUAUCUCGGGAUAAAAGGGACAGACGAGAUUUUGAGCAGAUAUCGAAUCUGGCUAAACGGAUGGGGCUUUAUUGUCAAGUAUUUGGAAAAGCUGUAGUUGCAAGCAAGGUUCCUCUACCAAACUACCGGCCAGAUCUUGACGAUAAAAGACCUCAGAGAGAGGUAGUCAUUCCAUUAGGUUUGCAAAGAAGAGUAGAAGCUUUACUUCAGGAACAUCUUGAUCGAGAGCAGCUAAGUUCUGCAUUGUGCAUUGAGGCUUCAGGUGAAAGUAAAUCCACUAACCAAAUUGAAGAUGUCAAUCCUGAUGAAAAUCCAGAUUCCUUUCUUGAUGGAUCUGUUAUGGAGAAAGUUCUCCAGAGACGGAGCUUACGCAUGCGCAAUAUGCAGAGGGCUUGGCAGGAAUCACCAGAAGGCAGAAAGAUGCUAGAUUUCCGUAAAUCUCUUCCUGCAUUCAGGGAAAAGGAAAGGAUACUUAAAUCUAUUGCUAAUAAUCAGGUGGUUGUGAUUUCUGGAGAAACUGGAUGUGGAAAGACCACCCAGCUUCCUCAAUACAUCUUAGAGUCAGAAAUAGAAUCUGGCCGUGGAGCAUUUUGUAGCAUCAUCUGUACACAGCCACGCCGAAUAUCUGCUAUGGCGGUUUCAGAGAGAGUGUCUACAGAGAGAGGAGAACCUCUUGGAGAAUCAGUUGGCUUUAAAGUACGAUUAGAGGGAAUGAAGGGUAAAAAUACACAUCUACUUUUCUGCACAAGUGGUAUUUUACUCCGUCGUCUCUUGAGUGACCAUAAUCUGAGUGGCAUUACUCACGUCUUUGUGGAUGAAAUUCACGAGCGUGGCAUGAAUGAAGACUUCUUGUUGAUUGUACUGAAGGAGCUUCUUCUACGACGCCCAGACUUAAGAUUGGUUUUGAUGAGUGCUACUCUGAAUGCUGAUCUUUUUUCCAGUUAUUUUGGAGGUGCACCAAUAAUUCACAUUCCGGGUUUUACUUAUCCUGUAAGAGCUCACUUUCUUGAAGAUGUGCUGGAAAUGACGGGAUACAAGUUGACUUCGUUCAACCAAAUUGAUGAUUAUGGCCAAGAGAAAGUAUGGAAGACACAAAAACAAUUAGCACCACGGAAAAAAAAGAAUCAGAUUACUGCUCUUGUUGAGGAUGCACUGAAUAAUUCAAAUUUUGAGAAUUAUAGCUCCAAGGCACGUGAUUCACUUGCAUGCUGGACGCCUGAAAGUAUUGGUUUCAAUCUUAUAGAGGCUGUUCUCUGCCAUAUAUGUCGGAAGGAACGUCAGGGUGCUGUGCUUGUUUUCAUGACCGGUUGGGAGGAUAUCAGUUGUCUUAGGGAUCAAAUCAAAGCACAUCCACUCUUAGGAGACCCAAAUAGGGUGCUUCUUCUCACAUGUCAUGGUUCAAUGGCUACCGAUGAGCAGAGACUCAUAUUUGAGAAGCCACCUCCCAAUGUUCGUAAAAUUGUACUUGCAACCAAUAUGGCUGAGGCAAGUAUUACAAUCAAUGAUGUCGUUUUUGUGGUCGACUGUGGCAAAGCCAAGGAAACGACCUAUGAUGCAUUAAAUAACACUCCAUGUUUACUACCUUCUUGGAUAUCUCAAGCUUCUGCUCGACAAAGAAGGGGUAGAGCUGGUCGUGUGCAGCCGGGAGAGUGCUAUCACCUCUAUCCUCGAUGUGUAUUCGAAGCUUUUUCUGAGUACCAACUUCCUGAAUUGUUGAGGACUCCCUUGAACUCUCUCUGCUUGCAAAUUAAAAGUUUACAAGUCAAAAGCAUCGGGGACUUCCUCUCAUCCGCUCUUCAACCGCCUGAGCCUUUGGCUGUGCAAAAUGCUGUUGAUUUUCUGAAGAUGAUUGGUGCAUUAGAUGAAAACGAGAAUCUUACGCACCUUGGUGAAUUUCUAUCGGUGCUUCCUGUGGAUCCCAAACUUGGGAAAAUGCUUAUAAUGGGUGCUGUCUUUCGUUGCUUUGACCCUGUAUUGACAAUUGUUGCUGGCCUUAGUGUUAGGGAUCCCUUCCUAUUGCCUCAAGAUAAAAAAGAAUUGGCAGGAACAGCUAAAUCCAGAUUUUCAGCAAAAGACUUUAGUGACCAUAUGGCUCUUGUUCGUGCCUAUGAAGGCUGGAAAGAUGCAGAAAGAGAAGGAUCUGCGUACGAGUACUGUUGGAAGAAUUUCCUCUCUGCUCAGACCCUUCAAGCAAUCCAUUCUCUUCGUAAGCAGUUUACCUUUAUUUUGAAAGAUGCUGGACUGUUGGAUGCAGAUGGAAUAAUUAACAAUAAAUUAAGUCACAAUCAAUCUUUGGUCCGAGCAGUUAUCUGCUCUGGCUUAUUUCCCGGGGUUGCAUCAGUAGUGCACAGGGAGACAUCAAUGUCUUUCAAGACGAUGGAUGAUGGCCAGGUCUUACUUUAUGCGGUCGAUAUUGCUUCAUGGAUCAUGUUGGUUGUGUUCUCUUCGCUAGUGGGGAAAGAAGAGUAUAUGAAAUACAAGGACCCAAAGCAACCUGUAGCUGCCAGGGUGAAGGAUCUUUUGGGUAGAAUGACUUUGGAAGAGAAGAUUGGGCAGAUGGUUCAGAUUGAUAGAGGUGUUGCCACACCUGAUGUCAUGAAAAAUUAUUACAUUGGGAGUGUGUUGAGUGGUGGGGGGAGUGUGCCAUUGCCUCAGGCUCGUGCUUCAGAUUGGGUUAACAUGGUGAACGACAUUCAGAAUGGAUCAUUAUCCACACGUCUUGGGAUACCUAUGAUAUAUGGGAUCGAUGCAAUUCAUGGACACAACAACGUAGUCAAUGCAACUAUCUUUCCUCAUAACAUUGGCCUUGGUGCUGCAAGGAAAGUAAUGGAUCCUGAACUUAUGCUGAGGAUUGGUGAAGCAACCGCUCUUGAAGUCAGAGCAACUGGGAUUCCUUAUACCUUUGCUCCUUGCAUUGCUGUCUGCCGAGAUCCUCGGUGGGGUAGAUGCUAUGAAAGUUAUAGUGAGGAUCCAAAGAUCGUUCGAGAAAUGACAGACAUCAUUGUUGGGUUGCAAGGGGAAAUUCCCAAUGGUUCACGAGUGGGUGUCCCAUAUGUUGCCGGAAAGAAUAAAGUAGCUGCUUGUGCAAAACACUUUGUUGGUGAUGGGGGCACUACUAAGGGUAUCGAUGAGAACAACACCGUGAUCGACAGACAUAAUUUGCUUAGUAUUCACAUGCCUGCCUAUUAUGACUCAAUCAUUAAAGGUGUCUCCACGGUUAUGAUUUCAUACUCCAGCUGGAACGGUAGGAAGAUGCAUGCAAACCAUGAAAUGAUCACUGGUUUUCUCAAAGACAGCCUAAACUUUAAGGGUUUCGUUAUCUCAGAUUGGGAAGGCAUUGACAGGAUUACCACUCCACCACAUGCAAAUUACACUUACUCCAUUGAAGCCAGUAUUCUGGCAGGCAUCGACAUGGUUAUGGUUCCUUAUAAUUAUACUGAGUUCAUUAACGGUCUCAGUCACUUGGUUAAGAAAAAGUUUAUACCAAUGUCUCGCAUUGAUGAUGCCGUGUCAAGGAUUUUGGUAGUAAAGUUUACCUUGGGACUUUUUGAGAAUCCUCUUGCUGAUCUUAGUUUAACAAAUGAACUCGGAAAACAGGAGCACAGGGAUCUGGCACGGGAAGCAGUAAGAAAAUCUCUUGUUCUGCUGAAGAAUGGAAAAAACGAGAGUAAUCCUUUAAUUCCCCUUGACAAGAAGGCAAAGAAAAUUUUAGUUGCUGGUAGCCAUGCAGAUAACUUGGGGUACCAAUGUGGUGGAUGGACAAUAAAUUGGCAGGGAUUCAGUGGCAACAAAAAUACCAGCGGCACGACGAUCCUUGCUGCCAUCAAGUCUACAGUUGACAAGGACACAGAUGUCGUCUUUGUUGAAAAUCCUGACAGUCAGUUUAUCAAGUCUAACGACUUUAGUUACGCCAUUGUUGUUGUUGGCGAAGCCCCUUACACGGAGACUGCAGGAGAUAGCCAAACUCUUACAAUGUUAGAUCCUGGACCGAGUGCAAUCACCAGCGUUUGUGGUUCUGUAAAGUGUGUUGUGAUCGUCAUAUCAGGUCGACCUAUUGUAAUUGAACCAUACCUGUCGUCCAUAGAUGCACUUGUAGCAGCCUGGUUACCUGGCACUGAAGGACAAGGGCAAAUUAUUAACUUGAGAAACCAGGAACAUGCGAGAGAAGUAAAAAAAACACUUCCCGCGGGAAAGGAAAUUAAGGGUUUUGGAUCUGGGUUUAGAAUGGAAGAAGGAGGUAAAUAUUGGCUAAGAGCCAUUUCACCUUUGUGGAUUUUACAUAUCAUACACAAGCCCAUGCUCUCUGCAAUUUACUCAUCGAACUCAGUGGGUAAUGGAUAUUGUGCAUUUCGUAUAGUGAGUUAUGUUAAUUUUCCCAUUUUUGGUGUUUCAGAGUUUGCAGAUUUCAGUAGAAAAUGUGGUGGUCCGAAUGCCGAAAAUGUGGAAUCUUCAGAAUCUUGUGCUAUAAGGCCUUUGAAUGUCAAAGACCUUGUCUAUGGUCAUCAAUCUCUAAGCUUAAAAGAGUUGAGUACCAGAUAUCCAGGCAGGCACGCACAGAUUAUUGAACUGAUGCGCUUGUUGGGUCCUUUGAAUUCUCCAAUGCUUCCGAUAUUCAUAUAUGGAGGUUCUUCAACAGGCAAAACAAGUGUCGUUCUCAAUACAUUCUGUCAUCUUCGCCGCCCUUUUGCUUAUUCCAGCUGCAUUACUUGUUAUAGUCCUAGGAUAUUGUUUGAAUCAAUCUUGAACCAGCUGAUGCUUCAUAGGAAGAGCGAACAGAAUGGAUACUCGAAUACUUUGAAGGAGAAUGUGGAUAAGUCAAGUUCUAAGAAGUCAGCUAAACAACUUAAUGGAAAGAUGGUUUAUUUAAUAUUUGAUAAUGUAGACCUCAUCAGAGAAUGGGAUAAGAGCUCUAUUAUAUUGCCUUUUCUGUUUAAGCUUCAUGACAUUCUUAGGAUGCCUGAAGUUGGGUUCAUCUUUAUCAGUGGUACUUCACCUGAUACAUACUACUCCGACACGGGCUUUACAGAACCUGUGCCUCUGUACUUUCCUGAUUACACAGAGGAUGAUCUUCGCCAAAUACUCUUGAAAAGUCAAGUAAACGCCAAUUUGUACUCCUCAUUUCUCGAUGUGGUACUGAGACCAUUUUGCCGAACUACCAGACGUCUUGAUGAAUUGUCAACAGCAUUAGCACCUCUAUUUAAAAAGUAUUGCGAGCCUCUUGGUGAAUUGCAAGCUGUCCCUGAUGAGGAUAUGAAGAGAAAAUUGUUUGCUCAUUUACAGAGGCAUAUUGCAGCGUCCCUGAAUGAGAUAUUUAGGGUUUCAUUAGAACCUACCUUGGACAACAAUAAGCAGAACACUUUUAGAAAGUCGGGAGCCUGUGAAUCUAAAGAUGAUAUGGACUUCCAUAUGUCUAUUUCCGGGAAAUAUCUACUUAUUUCUGCAUUUCUUGCGUCAAGAAACCCAGCCACUCUUGAUGCAUCUUUAUUUGAUUCAACUGGAGGCUCUGACAACAGAAAGCGAAAGAGGAAGAGCUCUGAGAAGUCAUUGGAACUCAAGGAAAAUGCCGAACAGGAAGUGCUCAUGAAAGGGCCUGGAACUUUUCCUUUGGAAAGGCUAUUAGCAAUAUUUCAGUGUCUCACAUCUGUCGCAGAUUACUCUCUAGAUGAGGAAAGUCUGGGAGAUGAAGGUGAUACCAAUCUCAUGUCUGAUGUUCUCUUGCAAGUAUCAAGCCUUUGCAAUGCUAAUUUCAUCACAAAGGGAGGAAGUUGUCCAUUAGAUGGUUCAAGAAGAUAUCGAUCUAAUGUGUCCGAAGAUAUAGCUUUGAAGGUAGCAAGGAGUUUGAAAUUUCCUUUGUCGAAGUACUUGUACAGAAGAUGA